CCAGUAUGAAACACGUCUGAAACGAUGUUGACAUGCAUCAUAAUGACGGUAAGUGUUUCUUUGACAGAAGGUAUUUGUUUGGCAGUCAUCCCAUUGCAUAAAGAGAGAAGCGACACACCUCACCUCAUAGUUCCGCUUGAAGGUAGGAAGAUACGCACGUCUGCUUGAGAGGAGGGUCACAAAGCAGAUCAACUAGAGUUGAGCAUUAAAAGGCACGAUGAGAACCCUACGAACGCUGUUGGUUUUUGCUGGUCUUGCUUUGCUGGCGUUUGCGAGUGAUGCAGACAACGAAAUGGAAAGUGAUGUAGACACCGACUGCAUACAGCGUACAUUGUUGGAUCCUUCAAGCGAUGUUAAUGAUGCCUUCAGGAAAUGCGAUGGUGCUAAGGAUUCAAAUGCUGCGGAGGAAUCUCAAACUGCUGGAAAUGAUGAUCUGAAAGACCUUGAUGAAGAUUCUGAACAUACCGAGAUGACCAGCAGAGAAGAUUCGGACGGCAGCCCUGUGGCCGAAGAACAGGACACCGUAGCAUCGGCAGAAAAUGCUCCACGAUGGUCUACUAGAAGGCGCCGAUCAGUUCGUACGCGCCGAUCAGUCCGCAGACGUAGAUCAGUUCGCAGACGCCGAUCAGUCCGCAGACGUCGAUCAGUCCGUAGACGGCGAGCAGUUCGAAGACGCCGAGCAGUCCGUAGACGGCGAGCAGUCCGAAGACGCCGAGCAGUCCGAAGACGCCGAGCAGUCCGAAGACGCCGAGCAGUCCGAAGACGCCGAGCAGUCCGAAGACGCCGAGCAGUCCGAAGACGCCGAGCAGUCCGAAGACGCCGAGCAGUCCGAAGACGCCGAGCAGUCCGAAGACGCCGAGCAGUCCGAAGACGCCGAGCAGUCCGAAGACGCCGAGCAGUCCGAAGACGCCGAGCAGUUCGCAGACGCCGAACAAUUCGCAGACGCACUGGAGAAUUCCGACCAAACGGCUGUAGCAUACCUUACGGACUGCCAUUCCCAUACAAGAGAGCUUUCACCCCUGCUUGCAAUCAACACGAUUACUGCUACCACUACAAACGAUCUUCAAGGCUAGGAUGUGACAAGAUAUUUUACCGCAAUAUGCUGAGAAAAUGCAAGCAACGUGCGCGUAGCAUUGCAGGGAAGCUGACGUACGUCGACUGCGUGAAGUACGCAAGUGUCUACUACGCCGCAGUGAGAGCUGGAGGUGGCUCACAUUACGGAUGACCAGUAAAAGCUGUAUUUGUCUGCAAAGACUACGCUUAGACGCUUUAGAUAUGCUUUCGAUAGACUUAGAUAGACUACGCUUUAGAUAGACACCUUUUUAUCUUCACAUGUUUUAUCACUUAACAUCAUUCUCAGCAAUUUUGUUCAGUUAAACGUAUUUGGUAUUGCAGCUAAA